AUGGCGACAACUGGUGGCGGAGGUCUGCAUGACCCAUUGCUGCUCUUGAAACAAUCGAUAGCGGCCGGCAGUCCUAUCAUACCGACAACCGCUGCGGAUGCAUCUUCUGCUUCUGCAGUUGAUCUCAGCCUGGCCAAAGCUACAUUCCUUCACUUCUCGUCGCCAGCCCAGGUCUCAAUCGAACUCACGACACCCACACGUUUCUUCUCCUCCGAGAGACCCGUGGACCUCCGAAGCAUCUUUUUUGCCUGGGAGAAACGGGAGACUGCGAUCCCGGAGUACAAUGGGGCGGCCCAGGAAUUGAAUGAGCAGCUCCGGGCUGGCGACGGUGCAGGAGGGGAGGUGCAGAAUUUGGCUUUCGUUGAACGAUUGGAUUUGAUUACUUGGCUGGAAGGCGCUUCCGAGGAAUCUGAGUAUAUCAAGCCUCUGGCAUCAGAUACGUCAAGCGCAACAUCAUCAGCGCAAGUCGCUUCUGGGGUCAAAGGUGGUAUUGUGCCAGUUACCAGUGGUAACCAGAUCCGUCCAGGCAAGACCAUUGAUCCUCGACUGGCGGAAAUCUACAAUGGUGAAAGACGUACGGGAGACAGGAACAGUGUCCUUAGGGGCAUCAAACCUACGGAUUUCUCGCACGUCCGCAAGCUGGCAGCACCCUUCAAUGCAGGCAAGGCUGCACAGGCGGCAGCAGCAGCAGCGGCGGCAGCAUCAGUGAAUAAUUCCAUAUUGGUACAUAAUCCAAAAGCCUCUGUCCGACGCCCGGAUCCCAUCAUCCUGCUUUCACCAUCUGCCUCCUCUCUCCUCCGGCUUUCAAACAUCAAGGCUUUCCUCGAGAACGGAAUAUAUGUCCCACCCGAGUCUGUCAGCGCAUCGUCUAGCUCUUCUUCCACACUUCUGCAUACCCAACGCUUGAUCACCUCCAUCGACGCGACUCGCCCGAUUCGCUUUAUUCUCGUGGAUACACCGGAGCAAUUCAAGCCGGAGUACUGGAGUCGGGUUGUGGCUGUCUUCACAACAGGCCAGGCCUGGCAGUUCAAGACCUAUAAGUGGCAGCAGCCUACCGAGCUGUUCAAGCAUACAUUGGGUAUUUAUGUUGGGUGGAGAGGAGAUAGCCCGCCAGAUACAGUCAGAGGAUGGGGAAGGGGCGUAUUUUCUACUCAAGUUGACAAGUACAGCGCAGGUGCACCACCAUCGAGUCGAUGGCGAGACAGAGAAGUUGUGGAGAGUAUUUGGAAGGGGAUCGAGGAUAACAUGCGGCAGAAGGGGUGGAGGAGAGAUUCCGGGCCCAUGAAUAUCUAA